AAACGAAAAAGCAUAUCAGCCAAGGUAAGUUUUUUUUUAGUUGCAGAAGCUGUAGCAGCUAGUUCAUGAGCCCUUCUAUUGCCUUCCCUUCCCUGGAAAACACUUCUCUCCUUCCCUGAAUUCCAACCCCCUGAAAAAAAAAAAUUCCUACUUACCCCCCUUUAAUGAUUUUGUUUUGAACCCCCUGAAAUUUUAAAAUUGCACCCAGCACCCAGACCCCACUACAGCACUCCUCACUCCUUUCUCUCUCUGUCACGGACUCAUUCUCAUUCUGCUCUGGUUCUUGCUUCCGUUUACCUCACUCACGAACGCACCACCAAUCCACCACAGCACCACCGGCCGGCCGCACAACGCACCACCACGGCACUACCGGCCACCGCCACGGCACCACCAGCACUGACGCCGUCCAUCUCUGCUGCUGUUGAAGUUCAAGUUCAAGUUCAAGUUUAUUGCCUGGAAUGUGAAGGGAAAUGGUUUGAUUUUUAAUUUAGCAAUUGCUGAUGUAUUAAGUAUUUUCAGCACUGGUUCUGUGAAUGCUGCAUAGGAUCUGCUGCUUAUGCUGAGUUUGGGAACACCAAAGCCAUUGUAUCUGUGUGAAUGGGUCCUGGAUCCGCCACUGUGUACAGGGGUGACUUUCUCUGCUUCAAUUUUUUUUUGCUGAGAAAUUCCAAAAAACCAGGGGUGACUAAGCAGGGGGAAGUCACCCCUGUGCCUCCGCCACUAGGCUCACGGCGGCCUCCGCCACCAUUGCUGUCAACGGCAACAAGCAACGACUUCCGCUCCCUUUCCCGUUCCAACAGCUCCGCUGCACUACUCCCACAUAGGCCACCGCGCCUUCAGCCUUGAAGCACGCUGAUCCCCGUCACCGAAAGCACCCUAACCUCGGUCUUCACUUCUUGUUGCUUAUUAUUCCGUAGAGAGCAGCGAUGACUAUCGAAACUCUAGUUCUUGGUGCUGGUCAAGAGGUAGGGAAGAGUUGCGUGGUGGUGACCAUCAACGGAAAGCGAAUCAUGUUCGAUUGCGGAAUGCACAUGGGCCACUUGGACCACCGUCGAUACCCUGAUUUCUCUCUCAUCUCCUCUCAAGCCCAUUACGACGCUGCACUCUCCUGCAUCAUCAUCACUCACUUUCACUUGGACCAUGUUGGAGCAUUGGCUUACUUCACCGAAGUUUGCGGGUAUCGCGGUCCUAUUUACAUGACGUACCCAACUAAAGCUCUAGCUCCUUUGAUGUUGGAAGACUAUCGGAAGGUAAUGGUUGAUCGUCGGGGUGAGGAAGAGCUAUUCACUUCAGAAAAUAUUGCAGAGUGCAUGAAGAAAGUUAUUGCUAUAGAUCUGAGGCAGACUGUGCAAGUAGAUGAAGACCUGCAGAUACGUGCAUAUUAUGCAGGACAUGUUAUUGGAGCUGCAAUGUUCUAUGCAAAAGUUGGAGAUGCAGAAAUGGUUUAUACAGGAGACUACAAUAUGACAGCAGAUAGACACCUCGGAGCAGCUCAAAUCGAUAGAUUACGGCUUGACCUUCUUAUAACUGAAUCCACGUAUGCGACUACAAUACGUGAUUCAAAAUAUGCUCGUGAGAGGGAAUUCCUCAAAGCCGUUCAUAAAUGUGUUUCUGGUGGAGGAAAGGUGCUUAUUCCAACAUUUGCUCUCGGUAGAGCUCAGGAAUUAUGCAUUUUGUUGGAUGACUACUGGGAGCGCAUGAAUUUGAAGGUUCCUAUCUAUUUCUCAGCAGGUUUAACUAUUCAAGCUAAUAUGUAUUACAAGAUGCUUAUUAGUUGGACAAGCCAGAAGAUUAAAGAUACAUACUCUACACAUAAUGCAUUUGAUUUUAAGAAUGUUCACCAUUUUGAAAGGUCUAUGAUAAAUGCUCCUGGUCCUUGUGUUCUCUUUGCCACUCCUGGGAUGAUAAGUGGUGGAUUUUCACUUGAAGUUUUUAAGCACUGGGCACCGUCAGAAAAUAACCUUAUCACUUUGCCUGGGUAUUGUGUAGCUGGGACAGUAGGACAUAGAUUAAUGUCAGGUAAGGCCACCAAAGUUGAUGUGGAUCCUGAUACACAAAUAGACGUGCGUUGCCAGAUUCAUCAAUUGGCUUUUAGUCCUCACACAGAUUCUAAAGGAAUAAUGGAUCUUGUAAAAUUUCUCUCCCCAAAACAUGUUAUAUUAGUGCAUGGUGAGAAGCCUAAAAUGGCUUUGCUUAAAGAGAAAAUUCAUUCUGAGUUGGGGAUUCCGUGUCAUGAUCCUGCAAAUCAUGAAACCAUAUGCAUUUCCUCCACUCCCUACGUAAAGACAGAAGCCUCUCGCACUUUCAUUCAAAACUGCUUGAACCCGAACUUCAAAUUCCAGAAAUGCAGUUCAGUGGACGAAUGUGACUCUACUUUGACAGAAAAAAACUUAAUGCCUGAACUUCAAGUUAAAAACUGCUUGAAUCCGAACUUCAAGUUCCAGAAAUGCAGUUCAGUGGAUGAAUGUGACUCUACUUUGACAGAAAAAAACCUAAUGCCUGAACUUCAAGUUAAAGAUGAAAGAGUAGCAGAAGGAGUUCUGGUUAUGGAGAAAACAAAAAAGGCAAAGAUUGUUCACCAGGAUGAACUUCUGCUCAUGUUAGGUGAAAAGAAGCAAGGGGUUUAGUUUGCAUAUGGCUGUCCUUUACAUAUUGAUCGCUCAAUGGAAAGCUUAAGUUAACAAGUGCUCUUGGCCUCAAUUCUUGCAUUUGACUUUUGGUGACUAUCCGCGAAAGAAUCUUUUUGGUGAAGGUCACACUCGAUAUCUUAGAGAAAUCUGUAAAUGCAAUCAUUUUAUGCAUCUCUCCUCUGCAUAAUUAUUGUCCUUGUAGGAUUGAGGACAGGCAUAACCAUAGAUCAUAGCAGUGUUUUAUUGCUUCAUUUGGUCAGCAGUUAGAAAAAAAAGACUUGUCAGGGAACAAAUUUCAGCAGUAUCAAUCGGUAUGAGUGAAUCAGUAAAACAAAUAUAGAAAGUGAAACAGUUUAAACAUAACAGCUAGAGUUGGGGUCAUUCUUUUUGUUGGGCGAUUGAUGGGAAUCGAUUCUAAUAGAUGGAGACAUCGUACAAGGUUCAGGUACUAUGGGCUCAAAAUGCAGCAGAAAUGAGAUUCUGGUGUUUAUUUUACCCCUUACUUUGCUGUGGUUAUUUUAGGUUAUGUUAGUAAAGAAUUAUUGGUAGGUAUCAUUUAAUUAUUUCAGUUUGGAUUUAUGUUUCAUUUUUUUUAUUUUGAAAAUUGCCCUUUGUAUAACCAAUUUUUGCAGAAUUAACUACAAGACCUGUGGUUGUAUGAAAUGUGAUUAGUUCCUUCAAAAAAUUGUACCAGCAAGUGAUCUCUGUAG